AUGCUAUCUUCUUGUCUCUCCAAUCCUGCUCCUCCACGUGUAACAUUCCAGCGACCGUUAGUAACCAACAGCAGCACCACCACUCUCCCGCCGCCAAAUCUGUCUAUAAAGAAACCUCAAGGCAUGGCAUCCUCUUUGUAUGAGAUUCUAAAGAUUCCGGUAGGGGCAUCAAACCAGGAGAUCAAGACUGCUUACCGGAGAUUGGUCAGGACUUGCCACCCUGAUGUCGCUGCCGGUGAUCAGAAAGACUCGUCUGCUGACCAGUUUAUGAAGUUACAUGCUGCAUAUUCAACUCUAUCAGACCCAGAAAAGCGAGCUGUUUACGACAGCAAGCUAUUUGUAAGGAAACAGCGGCCGUUGACCACCAUGGGGUUUUCAGGUUACGGGGGCCGGAAUUGGGAAACUGAUCAGUGUUGGUAG